UUUAAAAAUCAGUGAGUCUCACAGUGAGGAGAGGCAGGGCUUGUGCCGACAGUGGAUAACAGACACGGUGGGGGACGACUGGACACACGGUGGAGGCGAACAUCUGCAGCCUUCACACUCUCACACCAUGGAGCUCUAUCUGGACCUGAUCUCUCCACCCUGUCGCUCUGUCUACCUGUUUGCCACAGCUGUUGGGAUCCCCUUUGAGUUUAAGUUGGUGGAGCUCUUAGAAGGGAAGCAGUACAGCGAAGAAUUUGGAAAACUCAACAUUGUGAGGAAGAUUCCUGUUCUGAAGGACGGCAGCUUCAUCCUGACUGAAAGCACAGCCAUCCUGAUGUACCUGGUGCAGAAAUGUUCGUCAGCAGUGGCAGACCACUGGUUUCCAGCCAACCUGCAGCAGCGCGCUCGUGUCAACGAAUACUUGUCCUGGCAGCACCUGAACCUCAGAACUCACUGUGCAAAGGUCUUCCUGCUCAAGACUCUGUAUCCAUUCGCCAUGGGCUCCGAGGUCCCGAAAGAGAAGAUGGAUGCCGCUCUGGACGAUAUGAAACAGUCUCUCGACCUGCUGGAGGAAAAGUUCCUCCUGGACAAACCUUUCAUUCUUGGCGACAACAUCUCUCUGGCUGAUCUGGUAGCUGUGGUGGAGCUCAUGCAGCCUCUUGGAUCGGGCGUGAACAGCCUCGAAAGUCGACCGAGGCUGAUUGCCUGGAAAGAGCGAGUGAAGAAGAAGCUCGGAGAGGAGCUGUUUGAUCAAGCUCACCAGAAGCUUCUGGAAGCUAAAGGUCUGCAGCAGGAGAUACAGAACAGCCCGCAUCUGCAGAAGCUUCAGCCAGUGUUUGUGAAGUUGUUCCGCUGAGGAGGUUUCUGGCUUCAAACAUUAAAGAGUUGGGAAAACUGA